AUGAAUGAUAACAAUGAAGUCUUCAGUAUAAAUUACAAAAAAUCUUUACAAUAUUGGGCAGAUAUACCGCCUACGGUCGAUGGAGUACUCGGGGGAUUUGGAUUUAUUUCAAAUGCGGAUAUAGAAGGAUCUGAGCUUUUCCUGAAGUCUUUACUUUCCUCAGAGAAUGCUCCUUUAAAUAAUGUUGCACUAGACUGUGGUGCUGGAAUUGGUAGAAUAACAAAAUAUUUAUUAAUACCACAUUUUGAAUCAGUUGAUGUGGUUGAACCAGAUGAAAAAUUUAUUAAUUCUAUUAAAGAAUAUGUGGGUGAAGUUGCAUCAAAACUGGGCACACUGUACAAAGUCGGUUUACAAGAGUUUGUUCCUGUAAGAAAAUAUGAUGUUAUUUGGAAUCAGUGGGUACUAGGGUACCUCACUGAUGAAGAUUUAGAAGCUUAUCUCAAACGAUGCAGAGAUUCACUAUCCGCUAAUGGGAUAAUAGUUGUAAAGGAAAAUGUUACUUCUUCUGGGAAAGUUGAAAAGGAUUCUACUGAUUCAUCAGUUACAAGAUCUUUUAAACAAUAUAUUAAAAUAUUUAAGAAAUGUAAUUUGAAAAGAAUUAAGCAAUGUAAACAAGCUAACUUUCCAAAUGGAAUAUAUCCGGUAUAUAUGUUUGCAUUAGUACCUAAUAAUAAGGAAAUAGAAAAAUCUAUGGAUCAUAGUAAUUGA